AUGUCGACUACUGGGGUGCUGAGCCUGCUCGACCGACCCAAGUCCGACCAAUCAUUAGCCCGGGCAGUCAGCAUCAUAAUCAAGUCACCUGCACCCUUCACCAUUCUCCCCUUUGAUGUCUAUGCAAAAUUUCGAUACAACGAUCCCGGAUUGACGUUUGAACACAUACAGAGCAUCGAACAUCUUGCUUGCUUUGGGUGGCCCAUGGUGAACGGGGCGAACUCGUUGGCCGGCUUCUUCUUACGUUGGGAUGCGGCAAUACAUCAGUUAAUGUUGGAUAAGAAAAAUCUUUCGAUGCCAAUUGCUCAAGAUAAUAAGCAGGCUAUCUGUUCUCGACCUGUGCUUCUGUUGGACUUCUUGGUUGCCCUUCUACAGCCUGAUAGUCGCGUUGGAGGAGAGACUUUUGAAGAGGCGUUCAAAGACGGAUACGUGUGCUUCACCUACUUUGGAUGUGCUGGAUCUCCUGAUGCCAUCAAUUCUGGCUCAGCUUUUGCAGUGUUCAUCCAUGACAUCGCAUGGCAGUGCUCGUCUGGACAUCCCAUCAUCGACAUCUUCCUUCUUCUCAUUGUCCCCAAAGACUUGGCUGCACAUCGAGGCUUUAACGUCGACCAACUGCCGCUAGAGAAAUUUCACCACUCAGGGAUCUUUGUCUCAAUCAAGGACAAGGACGAGGAUGUUGAUGUGCCUUAUGUUGCCAUCUUGAUGCAACUUGGUAUCAUCGGGAAGCGUCCGAAGACACCAGCACCUCUAGAACCAUCCACGACACCGACGGAUCGAGGAUCAUCGACUGAAACAACAGACACCCCGUCGAGAGUCACUUCCCACCCUAAGAGUCAGCCCGAGAGGAAGGCCAAAAAGGCUAGCGAGGCACACCCCCGGUAUACGAUCGUAAUAUCUGGUUGUUCACCCUCAGUCUACAAAGAUGCUAGCUUCCAGGGGGAUAAUCUACGAUCUCUUCGUCUUCUCAAAAAUAUGAAGCCGUUUUUGAGCCUUGGUCCAGAGUACUCUGAUUGGGCUCCUGGUCUCCCCGGUGUUGGCGUCGCCCAGAACCUAGAGAUGCAUUUGACACUAGAGAUCACUUAUGCUUUGCACCGUUCCUCUGUGUCUUAUGCUAUUGUGUUAACCGGCUGCGACAUGGGCAAUCCUAGCAUUCUUGAACAAUACCCUUCUCCACCUCUGUCGCAUAGCGAUCGCAGUAGCGCUUGUGCUGCUCGUCGGCUGUUGUACGUUUUGGCAUGCGAUCGGGACGGCAUAAGCCCCAUCAAGGCAGUGACACUCCGUGGACUCCUUGCCUCAUGUACUGCGUCGCAAAAUAUGUCCAAGAUGAAAACGGCGAUCACGCUUGCAGAAUUUUUCUUUGUUCUACUUCCAUAUACCACUCACAGGAACGAUGAAUUCGAACUCUUGUGCCAUCCCGACGACAAGAUUCAGUACGGAACACCGAGCGUAGAGGCCGGGGCCUCGUCAUAUAACGCGCUCUCUCCUCAAUCACCACCUUACGGCCACCCAGCUUUACUGGGGAAGCCUCUGGAAAAGGCCUCGAAUCAUCCCUGCGAACACCCUGAGUACCCAAUGGAUGCGGAUGCAGUACUUGACUCCAAACAUAUUAUUGAUGAAGUGCAAAACAUCCUUCAUUUAUUUUCUCAGCACGAGGGAAACAGUCCUGUGACUCGGAGCAUCUCUUCGGGACCGUCAAAGUUCCCAUACAUGUGUAGUGUCGAAGUCUUCCGAAAGCCCCCAACACGACAUUUGCCAUCAGGAAGAGCGUUCCUGGUUGUAAGACAAGUGCAAGACGCAGAAAUUCAGAGCCAAAGGGCUUGCAACGGCGCCGAGCGUGGUAUUGACGAAAGCUGCUUAGCGUCUGCCAAAUUCAAGGCUUCAAAGGAUCAGGAAGAGCACGAGAAAGCGGGCAGUGUACCGAGCAGUUACUGA